AUGUUUCAAGUAGAGCCGCUUUCGCUGGAUGAACCUGCCGUCACCAUCUGCUUCCAGCCUUCCGGCGUCGAAUAUCGCAUUCGGAAGGAGGUCUUGAUCGCGCCCUCUACCUACUUCAGAAUCAUGUUCGACCACUUCCUAGAGGGCCAAACAGACAGAGUUGUCCUCGAGGAAAUCGACGGCGUAGUCUCCCCCCGAGGCUUUGAGAUUCUCAUGGAGUGGAUCUACUCCAAUGCCAUCGAGAUCCCCGACGCCAAGACCCCCGGUGAAUAUCUCACAGCUGCGAUUGAAGUCGCGCGUCUCGCAGAAUACUUCCAGAUCGGCGACAUUGAGGAUAAAAUCAGCGAAGAGCUUGCGUAUCAGAUUCGACAGGCCAACCCCAGCAAGCCCUGCGCCGGUUUUGACGCGCCUCAUGACCGCAUCCGCUCACGGAUUCGCGGAGGAUUCCGCUCCAUCGUGAAGGACAACAGCUACAUGGCCAAUUUGUACGACGUCUGGAUCACCGAGAAGCAUAUCCGUUCGGCGGUUCAACUGCGAAAGGGUCAUGGCGUGCGUCGUAUCCUGGCCGCCGUGUCAGCCGGGGCCUUGCUCGAUGCCCCGGAUCAGAAAUUCGCUCGACGAAGCCGCGAGUGCCCAGACUUUGGCGAUGACCUGUUGAUGGAAUUGAGAGAGACCAUCUUGUCUCUGGAACUUUGCUACAUGGAGGACACCGCCAAGGACAUGAAGUGGAUGAAUGAUCCCUCGCCCACUCCGGACAAUCUCGGCGCUUAG